GUUACGUGUAGGCCGCCGGUUUUGCAUUUUGCAUAAGUUCCUGUACUUUUCCGUAUAAACGUUUGUGGUUCUCAUUUUAUAGAAAAUAGGUUUUACUUGUCGUUAUGGACUUAGUAUAUAGAAUUUCGAUUUUUGCUAUUGCUUUAGCCGUCGUUUUGGCGAAGGAAAAUUCGAACAAAAAGGCUUUGGUAUUAGUCGAUAGUGCAGACAUCAAAUCAACCCAUUCCAUAUUUUUCAAAUCUUUAAAAGACAGAGGCUUGGAAUUGUCAUUCAGAUCUGCGGAUGAUGCAGGAUUAGAGUUGAUGAAAUAUGGAGUUGCAUUGUAUGAUCAUCUCAUUGUAUUUGCGCCUUCUGUAGAAGAUUUUGGUGGUGAUAUUAAAGUUUCAACCAUCACUGAAUUCAUUGAUAAAGGAGGAAAUGUCCUGAUUGCUGCAGAUUCCAACAUUGGAGAACCAAUUCGUGAACUUGCAUCGGAAUGUGGGGUUGAAUUUGAUGAGGAGAAAACCAUGGUGAUUGAUCACCAUAAUUUUGAUGUUAGUGACAAGGGAUCCCACACAAAAAUAGUUGCAUGCAAGAAAAAUCUUAUCGCCGCUAAAAAUAUUGUUGGGGAACCAAAGGCGCCGAUCCUUUUUAGGGGUAUAGGAAUGUCAUUGGACUCUGAAAAUCCACUUGCGCUCAACAUACUUCAUGCAUCAAAAACAGCCUACUCCUUUUUCCCUGAAGAACAGAUUAAAGAGUACCCUCUUGCUGUAGGCUCUAGUACUGUACUGAUCUCUGGAUUGCAAGCUCGCAACAAUGCAAGAGUAGUGUUUUCUGGAUCACUAGAUCUUUUCAGCGAUGAAUAUUUUCAAUCUGCAGUAAAGAAGGCUAGUGAAGAUGGAAAACAACAUGUCAGAUCAGGAAAUCAAGUACUGGUAGAAAGCUUGUCAAGAUGGGUUUUCCAAGAAAGGGGUGUGCUGAGAGCAAGAGAUGUGAUUCAUCAUAAGCACGGAGAAAAAGAAGCACCUGCCUCUUAUACAAUCACUGACAUGGUGCAUUACAGCAUUAUAAUCGAAGAGUUACAGCAAGACGGUACAUGGAGACCUUACAAAGGUACUGAUGUCCAGAUGGAAUUUGUUCGUAUUGAUCCAUUUGUAAGAAUUGUUCUCAAAGGUGAUCCCAAAACAGGAAGAUUUUCAGCUGAUUUCAAACUGCCUGAUGUUUACGGUGUGUUCCAAUUUAAAGUCGACUACACCAGGCUUGGCUGGACUUUCCUAAGCAGUUCUACUCAGGUGUCUGUACGUCCACUGCAACACACUCAAUAUGAGAGAUUUAUUUGGUCUGCAUUCCCAUAUUAUGCAAGUGCUUUCAGCAUGAUGAUUGGUGUUGUGCUUUUUUCAUUUGUCUUUUUAUACCACAAGUCAGAUGGAGGGAAGAAGAAAACAGAAUAACGUCAAACUUGAAUAUAAAAAUACUGUAUUGAAUAGGUGACUUCAAAAAAUCCUUAGAAGUCACCAGAAUUUAGAUGUUUAAAUUCGGUUGAAAACAGUCAAUUUUUUUUCCACAUUUUUUCGCAAAAUAAAAAUUAUUGUGAAUUUUUUAGCAAAACUUUGGCGAUCUUGAACAAAGCGAUCUACUAAUAUUCAAAAAAUUCAAGUUUAAUAUAGUGAAUACCCGUUAAAAUCGGUAGAAUUGAUCAACUGAUUUUAUGUCUGUUAAAACUGUACUAUUUCAAACAUAUUUUUCUUAUCUUUGAGUCACUUAAUAUUUUAAUGCAAAUCAGAGUUGAUAAAAAUUUCAUAUCGAUUCAUCGCAAUAAUGUCUGAAAGUUUCCCACUUAAUAGUUUCUUUUUUUCCUGUGGGUGGGCUUAUCCAUUAAAAUCAUCAAGUUAAUCAAAAGAAUUCUUUCACACCUUUUUAAAAAUUUCUUCUGAUAAAGAGUUAAUUCCAAAAAAAAAAUCCAUUAUGACCACAGCCAUUUAUAAAAUCCGGGUAGCCAGUAAAUUACUAACUCUUAAAUUAUUUUGGUAACUUAGAGCUGAUGGAUCUGCUGGCUGUAUGUUCUUUCUCUAUUUGGUGCAUUUCAGCGUCCACCCUCCUUUAAGAAAAAUAUUGUACAAAUUCUCAUUACGAGGGUAUAUGCGAAACUGUCGAAUCCGGUUGUAUGAAUCGUAUGUUGGCCUUGAAGAUAGAAUUCAGCUCUUAAUUUAAGUUAUAACGCCUGGCUUAUUUUGUCAUCCUAUCUCAUAAAUGAUUUGGUAAUACCAUGAGGGAAUAUUGUUCAUGGAUUGGAAUUUCGGUAUCUAAGUUCACAUGGCUCCUUAAAUUAUCAUGAAAUUGGUGUUAUUUUAGUGCAUUUUUCAGUCUUUUUUUUUCAUAUAGGAUGGAUAUAUACGUAAAAACACUAUACUAAGCACCAGAUAUGAUGGAUAUUUGUCUAUUGAGGAACCCCCAUCUCUUUUAAUGCUAUUGGGUUUCAGUGGUUUUCGGUGAAUUUUGUGAGGUUGCAAUUUACUGCUAUAUUUGCACUGUCGACUCUGUAUUUCCUAACAAUCUGAAGCAUUUUCCAUUUGGUUUAGUGCUUUAUAAAGCACAGCGGUCUGAAGUUGAUAGUAAAUAUUUGAGGUCUUUGUUUUAAUAACCGAAUGUUCCAAAUGUUUGGUGAAAAAAAGUUUGUUGGUAGAUUUUCUAAACAAUUGAGGCAAUAAAAUUUUCUGGAAUAGUUCAAA